GUAGAAGUGGAAACCAGACUAAUUUAAAGUCCUGAAAGCAUUUUUAGCAGGCGUCCUUGGAGACAAACCCUGGACGAUAUUUGGACUUGAAAAACAUCCUCUCCAAACAUCUGCAAUGGCAUCGGAUGAACUCCAAGCGAUUAUUACGGAAUUCCAGACCAAAGUGAAAGUUGAGGAAACACCUCUGCAACUUGAGGGAAAGUACGAGCCAAUCACAUCAGAGCCGAUAUGUCAACCCCUCAAAACCAUGGAGGAUGUUCUGACUUGGAAACCAGAGGGAGAUGAAUUCAACGUUCCGAUUGCUGAAUUGGCUGGGAGGGCGGAGCCUAGUGAACCCCGCCCCCGGACGUUGGUGUGUCAUGAUAUGAUGGGAGGUUAUGUAGAUGACAGGUUUGUGCAAGGCGUUCCUAAGACUGACUGCUAUCGCUAUUACCAUUGGCAGUACCUGGACAUGUUCAUGUAUUUCAGUCAUUAUUUCGUCACCAUCCCACCCCCUGGAUGGACCAAUGCAGCUCAUAAGAACGGAGUACCAAUGCUAGGUACCGUGAUCACUGAAUGGAACGAUGGUUUCCAACGGUGUACGCAGGCCUUUGCCUCAGAAGCCUCCUACAAGGCACUGGCUGACAAACUGGUAGCCAUCGCCAAAUACUACAAGUUUGAUGGAUGGCUGAUCAACAUUGAAAACAAGAUUCUGCCGCAACACAUGCCUCAGCUGGUGGAAUUCAUGAGAUACCUGCCCAGCAAAAUGCAUGAACAUGUUCCAGGGUCAAAGGUCAUAUGGUAUGACAGUGUCAUCACAGAUGGGUCAUUGCGAUGGCAGGACAUGCUGAAUGACCUCAACAGGGUUUUCUUUGACGCAUGCGAUGGAAUCUUUCUCAACUAUACUUGGAAUGCUGCCAAGUUAGCAAGCAGCGCCACAGCAGCAGGGAGUCGACAGUUUGAUGUGUUUGUGGGCGUGGAUGUCUUCGGACGGAAUUGCUUUGGUGGAGGCGGUUAUAACACCAACAAAGCCAUGUCUGUGAUUCGACAGAACAACCUGUCAGCUGCUAUAUUUGCUCCAGGCUGGGUGUAUGAAAAGUAUGGUGCUAAGGAAUUUGUUACAAACCAAACCAAAUUUUGGAGUUUACUGGAUGAAUUUCUACCUACCCAUGGCAUUGCAUCGUUGCCGUUCUUCACCAACUUCUGUCAAGGAUUUGGAGAGAUGGGCUUCAGAAAUGGCCAGGCUGUGAUGAAUAAAGCUUGGUGCAACCUGAGCGCGCAGCAGAUACAACCCACCUAUGACAAUCAUCAGUUUGACCAUGCACAGAGCAAUGGAGGACAGCGUAUAGCUCAUAGUACAGAGGAUGGGUACAGUGGAGGGGGUAGUCUGUUGCUGAGCGGCUACUUGAAUGCAGGAAUGGUCCAAAGCUUCAGAGUGUUUGACACCAAUCUGGCUGUAUCCCAUCCACUACUCCUAUCCUAUUCCAUCAAACCAUCGCAAGGUGUAGAUGCAUGUGUUUACCUGAGACUUAGUAACAGCAGGGAAAAGAUUCUGCUCUGGACAGCUGCAGAUGCCGGUAAAGAGAGUCAGCUCCCAGUCAGUGCCUACGGUCUUCACGAGUCUGAACUCCUUGACCCAAGGCUACCCCAGCUUGUUGGGAUCACUGACCAGUGUCGGGCCUUCGGACCGCUGAUUGGCCGCAGUCAUAAAGCCAUGCAGGAUGCAGCGUUAGGAAUGGAUAGUCAAGGUACUGCAUCAGGUGGAUGGAAGACAAGGCAUUUUCUCCUACCUGAAAGUUGCUUCUCUGCCGAUAGUAAAGUAAUUGAGAUGGGUGUGAUGUGCUUCCCUAAAACAGCUGAUGGAGACAAGAUUUCCUGCAGUCUCAGACUUGGAGAAUUGAAGAUUUGUGACCCUUCCGCGCUGAGAGAUCAAAUGACCCAGGUCACUGACCUAGAGUGCGUUGACCUUUCCUGGCACCCACCUCUACCCAUCUUCACCAAGGGUGAUGCAUUCUGGUCCCUCUGUGCAACUCUUCGCUGGAACUACGCCCCGGAUACGCUUCACUUUGAUGUCUACUGUCAAGGAGUCCAUCGUGAUCCCAACCAAUCCCGCGAUAUUAAGGAAACCGAUACCAUCUUCAUUGGCCGUGCCCACGCUAAGACGUUCCGCAUCUGUCAUCUGCUGGUGUCAAAGGUCGCAGGAAAUCAAGCUAGGUCAUUGGAGUUGAUUGUGCAACCCACAACGGCUGCUGGGUUUGCUGCACCACUGGCUAGCGCUACUAGAAUCAAGGUGAUGUACUCCUAAACAUAAUCAUGGUGCUGUCUGUAUCUAGGCUUUGUGCCGUGUAAGUCUUGGCAUGUCUACCAUGGCAGUUUGUGGUCCUAGGAAAUUUGCUUACAAUGAUACCUUAAAAAAGUUGCAGUUGUAUAUUACAUUUUAAUUUGAGAAUUAUUUUGUCUGGCUUUAUAAUGCGUCUCAGUAAAAUCCUAAUGUUCCUUACAUUUUGUAGAAAUUCUUCCUUUCUUUUUAUUGCUAUUAUAGACUUGAGAUUUUUUUUAAUCAGUUAUUUGAGAAAGUACAAUUAAAAGCUUUCCAAAUCACCUGAUGAAUAAAGGAAACUUUGGAGAAAUAAUUAUUGGCUAUUGUUUUAUAAUCGAGUCAGACUGAAUAUUCAUUUAAAAAUCUAUCCAUGUCAUUGGAUAACAUGACUUGCUCCAUAGCAGUAGGCCGAGUGUUAUUUAUUUUCUCAUGCAUUCUGGCAAUCAUCAUUGGAAUUAUUGGAAUAUGAUCAAACCAUAAAAUGAUAUAAGAGUUGUAUAAAUGUAAGUACAUAUAUGGCCACACCAAGUAUUACUGGCAUGAAUAUAUUUGCUGCUUUUAACAAAGAAAAGUUCUAUUUUGUAAUAUCUCUAGGGUAUUUGUGACAAAAUCAAGCACGUUUUAAGAGUCUUCAAUUUACUGAGUAUUUCAGUGUGCAAUAUCAAGUUGUUACAAAAUGCUUAUUGCAUGCAUAUUAAACUUCUCAUGUAACAGGAAAAAUAAUUAAAAAGGUUGGUGUGAUUAUUUUAAAGCUGUGAAAAAUGUUCACUUUGUGCCUUUCAUAAUGUCCUGCUACAUGUAUAAUGAAGAAAAAAUGGUAGUACAAGUAUGUGAAGAUAGAAAUUUACAAAGUAGAAAAUGUGCAAGUGUAUAUCUAAUGAAGCAAAUUUUAUUUUAUGACAUUUGAGUGAAAUACACUGAUGUUAAACUGUGUCAACUUCUAAUUACAUUGCAAAUAUUGCUAAUACAACGUAUAUCACAAAAUUUGCGACGCAUGACAAUUUGGUUAAGACGGAAUCGGCCUUAAAAUACUUAAGUUAUCGAUGUAUCUGUAUGCAUGAUUGUAAAGUGGGAUUUCUUUUUGAGAUGUGCACUGUUGGUUGUAAAGAGGCUGAAUAAAAAAAAAUCAAGUCUAA